GGCGCGCUCGGCCGCCGCUUCUCUGUUUCCGCGGGGAGGGAGGCUCGCCUUUGCGCUGCGUCCCGGGCGCUUCAGGGUGGCCGCCACUGGCCGGAAGACGGCCCUGUGCGACUACCGGGAGGGACGCCCUGGGCUGGUUCUCUCGAGCGAGUCAGAGGAUCCUUUGAGGCCACCCGACAUUCAUGAAUCCCAUUAGAUUGCAGGAGGCCAGCCAGGGAUCUGCAAACGUCAGGAUUCACUUCAAAGUCUGUAGGUUCAUCAUGGAAGCAGGUGUGAAGUUAGGCCUGCGCUCUGUCCCUAUCGCUACAGCGUGCACCAUUUAUCACCGAUUUUUUAUGGAGGUGCCUCUGGAGCCGUAUGAUCCUUAUUUAGUAGCUAUGGCUGCACUGUACCUGGCUGGGAAGGUAGAAGAACAGCAUUUGCGGACAAGGGACAUCAUCAAUGUGAGCCACAGGUACUUGCACCCUCGGAGUGACCCCCCGGAGCUGGACACACAUUUCUGGGAGCUGAGAGACAGCAUUGUCCAGUGUGAGCUGCUCGUGCUGCGGGUGCUGUGCUUCCGUGUCUCCUUCCAGCACCCCCAUAAGUACCUUCUCCACUAUUUGCUGUCCCUGAAGCACUGGAUGAACCGGCACAGUUGGGAGCGGAUCCCGGUGGCAGCAGCGGCUUGGGCUCUGUUGCGGGACAGUUACCACGGACCCCUGUGCCUCCAGCACCCUCCGCAGCAUAUUGCUGUGGCCGUCCUUUACCUUGCUCUGCAGUGUUACGGGGUGGAAGUACCUGCUGACGCUGAGGCAGAGCGGCCCUGGUGGCAGGUGUUCAGUGAAGAUCUUUCCAAGCCUGUCAUUGACCAGAUAGUCUUGGAACUGAUACGGAUCUACACUUUGGAUGCAGAGAUCUAAGUGCGCUGUGAAGAGAAAGACUUCCAGCCCAGGGCCUCUAGUGAAUUGGCGUGUUUCAAGCUGGGAUAGUGGUGGAAGUAUUACCUGCACUUGAAGGGACUGGCACCAGAAGUGCAUCCUGUUCUUUUGAGACAUCCCAUUGAACAGCAGUGGAGCUGAACAAGCGAAGCGCCUUGAUAGUGCUGGGAAUCUCCUGAUAGAAUCACUUUCCAGCGUGGAGUUAAUCUGGAACUAAUCUUCCAUCUCCCACAAAAGAAGGAUGUUCUGAGUUGAAGUUUGUGGAAUGAUGAAAUGAGUGAAAAAGAUUCUUUUCUUCACCUAUUUCAAGUAAAACAUGUUGGCAGGAUA